AUGGUGCAAACGGUGAAGAACCUCUUGAGGAAGGCCAACGACGCGGGGGUAGACCCUUACAUAGCCCUAAUAAACUAUCGUACUACACCUGUUGAUAGCAAGCUACAUGCACCUGCGAAACUGUUGAAACAAAGGGAGUACCGGACACAGUUACCAUCAAGUGGUCGCCUUCAACGACUAAGGACCAACGAUGAUGACUUGCUACAAUUGCAAAAACGUCAAGAGACUCAAUGACAACACGGACGAUAUUUCAGGAGAGAAUUAGAAGGUUUGUCACCUAGACAAUCAGUUGCUGUUUACAACCCAUCGUCAAGGACUUGGACUACUGGUGAAGUAAAUGAAAAGCUUGGUGAGCCACGAUCUUAUGUUGUUAAGACUACUAAUGGUUCCGAGUUGAGACGCAAUGGUGUUCAUCUAAAACUGGUACCACAGAAACAGACAGCGGAGCAAGCUACGCAAGCAAGCAUGUCAGAGUCCAAGGAACCACCACCUUCUAUGCCACCUUCUCCAACCAGACAGACAGAUACAGACAGUUCUAUUAUUAAGAAAGCAGACAUCGGAAUCAAGAAGACAAGUAGUGGGCGUAUUGUUAAGCCACCAACCAAGCUGAAUUUGUUUAUUGGUUCCCGCCUGUCAUAUUAG